AUGUCCGACGUCGACCAAACCACCACGCCACAAUCUCAGUCUCAACCUCGACCUUCACCUCGGCUUUCUUCUUUUGUGACACACCACCCGUCGCUCAUCCCCGCCCCGGAGUUGGCGUCGUCGAGGUACAACCGUCAACUGUUGGUCCCUCAGUUCCGCCUCUCCGGCCAAGCCCGGUUGAUGUCGUCCCGCGUCCUGAUCGUCGGCCUGGGCGGCCUCGGUUGUCCGGCCGCCCUGUACCUGGCCGGGGCCGGCGUGGGCACUCUGGGGUUGAUGGACGCCGACACCGUGGAGGUGGGCAAUCUGCACCGUCAGAUCGCCCACACCGAGGCGGCCGCGCGCGACUCGACCCCCAAGGUCCUCAGCGCCCUGGACCGGUGCAGGGCCGUCAACUCGGAGAUCGAAUACGUCACGUACGAGACGCGCGCCGCGGCGGAGACCAUCCUCGACGUCGUGUCGGGUUACGACGUCGUCCUGGACUGUACCGACAACCCGGCCACGAGGUACCUGAUCAGCGACGCCUGCGUGGUGUCGGGGAAGGUCCUCGUGAGUGGGGCGGCCCAACGCGGCGAGGGGAGUUUGGUGGUUCUGAAUCGCCCUCCUGGUCGGACGGCGGCGGGGGGGAGAGAAGAAGACGAACAAGAAGAAAAGGGUCCGUGCUAUAGGUGUGUCUUUCCUAGACCCCCACCGCCGGAGAUGGUGAGAGGUUGUAGUGAGAUUGGCAUCCUGGGACCGGUGGUCGGUUUGAUCGGUACAUUGAUGGCCGGUGAAGCCGUCAAAAUUUUGAGUUGGAGGAGGAAUGACCUUGGUCGUGAGGGCGGCGGCGGCGGUGGUGGUGGUGGUGUUGGUGUUGAACGAGACAUUAUGACCCACGAGAAGAAAAGACAACAACAUACCAUGCUCUUGUACAACACUUAUGCAAUGGAUCCGAAAAACAUGUUUCGAACAAUCACCUUGCGUGGACGCCGAAAAGAUUGUUUGGCGUGUGGUGAUGAGGAAGUUUUGACCACGAAAAACCUGACCAAAAUCACCGCCGAAACCAUGUCCCAAGGAAGGUUGGACUAUCAAGGGUUUUGUGGUGUGUUUGAAGAUUUCAAGAUUUUGGACCAAACCAAAAGAGUCGAUGCGAAAAAGUUUCUCGAUGAGACUGUUUUGUUGGAGGAGGAGGAGGAGGAUGACGACGAGGACUACAACAACAACAACAACAACAACAAGAGGAGUACUGUCAUCGUCGAUGUACGUGAAGAACAUGAAUUCGAACUCGGAACAAAAGUCAAAGGGAGUAUAAAUAUUCCAAUCUCCAAGAUUUUGACUUCUCAGGGUACGAAUGCUUUUGAUGGAUUACAUUUACGAUCAAGACCACGAUCACGACGACCACAGGUCCCCGAUCGUCGUCAAACUCGAUUGUCGUCCGGAGACAGAAUAAUGGGUGAUGACGGAGGAAUGCUGAACCCCGAAUCUCAUGUCCCCGUGGCUGCUCCCAGUGUCUCGAGUACGACCUUCCCACAACAAGGUGGCAUGGUGAAUCAAGAAUCUCACAUUCCUGUUCAGAGAGAUGAAGAAGGUGAUUUUCCUACGUCACCGGCGACGAGGUUGUUGGAAGAGCGUGGGAAUGACAAUACUGGGGGAACUGAAAACGAAGUCGAAGACAACGCAACAUCGAUAUACUUUGUGUGUCAAAGAGGCAACGAUAGUCAAAUUGCGGCACAAAAGAUGAUUGAGGCCGUUCAACUUGAGAAUGAACGAGAUACGGCCACGCAGAAGAAACAAUCAAAACCGAAAUGGGGUUGGAUAGGUGAUGUACAAGGUGGAUUCAUGGCCAUGGAAAGGAUCAGACCAUCAUGAUAGAGGGAAGGAAAUAUUGAAACACCUCGUCCGCCUUUUAUUCGCUCUCCAUACUCUGUCCGCAGCCUCCUGUCUGAUGUAUCCCGAGUCGGGACAGCAUUGCGGUGCCUACAAAUUGGUUUUCGUCUUGGGUUACUCCGUAAAAAGC